AUGAAGUUCACCACGGCUCUUGUUACGCUCUUCGUCUCGCUCGCUGUGGCUGCUCCAGUUCCUUCCACCAACACAGAAACCAACCAGCCCGAACGCCGCUUCGAAGCCGACAGUCUUCUGUCGGCGCUGGUGAACCCGAAGGCGUUUACCAAGGACAUUGACUUUUCCCUAUUGGGCAUCGAUAAGGACGACUUGCCGAAUGCGCUGUGA